AUGGCGUUGAAUAAUGUGCCGGACACCACCAUGGACGACUACUUCGACAUCACUGAGGAUGCCUUGGUCCUCAUCAAUGGGCUCCCACCUGAUAUUGUCCCGGAUCUCGUCGCAGACACAUAUCAGGAGGCCCUUUUUGUCAAUGCAAACGAGAACCCAGGAGCCCAUCAACUCCCACCACGCCAGAGAAGGUCGACCAUAGCAGAUACCGUCUGGGAAACUCUCAAGCCAAUCAUUCAAGAGUUGUACAUUCAUCAAGGUCUUCCACUCACGGAUGUGAUGGCACGGAUGAAGCAGCAGUAUGGCUUUGAUGCUAGCGAUAAAAUGUACAAGAAACGAUUCCGAGAUUGGCACAUGAGGAAGAACUACACACAAGCCUUCAAGCAAGAAUUCAUCAGUAAGAUUACCCAGCAAGAUAUCGCACCAGACCCUUCGUCUCUCGUGGAUCCAAACGGAAAGCCCCUACAGGCUCAACGGCUAUUGCGAAAAGUCCAGCGGAAGGGGGCCCGGGUCUCGCUGGUUGAUCAUCAGGCCUGCACAAUACUGCGAAGGAAACGUCUUUUAUCAGCCCGAGUGGACAAUAUAUGUCAUGUCCAGCUCCAGCAAUCAUGCGAAGCUCAACACACCGAAAACAUCCUCAGAUCCGCUCGGACAUAUUACUCCUGGUACUCCACUCAAAACAGUAUCAAAGUACAGUAUGGGAUCAGUGUCGCUCUUUCCCAGUUUGUCCAUGACAUGGCCAGUGCCGUGGUUGCGCUCAGAACCAAUUCUGUUCGGCGAGGAUUUGCCCUAUUGAACAGAUGCUGCUCCGGUCUCGUCGUACUUUUGAAAGAACAACCUUUCCGAUUCUUGCAGCGAUUGAUCCAUUGUCUCGCCGUUACAACCGGUCAAUGGGGCAGCUAUUGCGACGUUCAAAGGACCUUAUUGAAGUUUAUGGCUUCAUCGGCGGAUGUCAUCUUGGGAACCACCUACCCCAUCACAACCUUAAUGGCAUCACUCACUGCGAUGAGACAGGAACACAUGCAUGACUUGGUAUGCAGAUAUGCAGAUCUCUUGGCGGAUACGACUAUGAGUUUGCCUGACGCCGAAGCCUCGACUGAAUUAUUGGGGAGUGUAGCUGAAAUCUACCUCCAACAUGGACAGCUUGACAAUGCUUCGAAAUUGUGCGGGCGUCUGUGGGAUGCGGCGCAACCAAUAUCUUCGCCUCCAUCAGCCUCGCAGUUUACACUCCUGUUCUUGACAGCUAAAUUGGCGCGAGAGCGUAAGGACUAUGCACGUGCUGAGCAAGUGCUCAGGCUAGGUAUAAGACUCGUUGUGCAGGAUACUGGCAAACGAGUUUGCAACGUUAGUGGUAUCUAUUUGUGCUACGAAAUGGCACAUCUCUACGCAGACAUCGGACGGUUUGCAGAAAGCGAAAGAUUCUAUCACAUGGUUGUCGAAUGCGUUACACAAUGGCGGCGACGUGCUGGACCCCCUCUCCUCCUUUGCUUGAUUGGACUCAAGUACGUUCUUGAAAAACAGGGCAAGGUGGAAGAAUCCGCUCAACUCCGGGAACGAUACGACCAAACGUGGGCGGAGCUGGAACCAUGGGAGCUACGCCAUGAUCCUGAUGAGUUGCCCCCGGAUGACGAAGUAGCAGAACGCGACGGGAACGCUAUUUACCACUGUUACGGAAACUUGACACAGCGCUCCGGGAACUAG